AUGGCUUCCGUUGACAGUAGUCAUAUUAACGCUCUUAUUGGAAAUCUCAGCAGUCUUUCUCCAAAGUUGUCAGAGGGCGACGAUGAUGCCAGGAGGCAGGCCUUAUUAUUAACUCGAAAGCUUGCGGCUUCUAUCGAGAAACCAGCAAACUCGGCAACAGAGUUAUGCUACGCGCCAUUCCUCAGUGCCUCCGCAAAGAUCGCCGUUGAUCUCAACAUCUUCAAGCUCAUCGCUGACCACGGUGGCCCAAUUACCUCCAAGGAGUUAGCGGCAUUAUCCGGUGCGGAUGAAAUAUUGAUUGUCAGGAUCCUUCGGCCCAUGUCUUCUAUAGGAUUUGUCGAAGAAGUUGGUGAGCGUACAUGGAUAGCGACGUCCAUCACCAAGGAAAUGGCUAGGGAGGAAAUUGCCGCGUUACAUAGGAUGAUACACGACGGAAUUGUCCAGACGGUAGCCAAGGCACCGAAAUAUUUCAAAGAAGCUGGCUACAAAUCCCCCGUUGAUCCUAAAGACGGUUUGACGCAGUAUGCCUUUCAGACGAAACUUUCAAUUUUCGACUUAUUCAGCUCAAUUCCACAGCUCUUGCACGAUUUCAACUUGGCCAUGGGGAACACAAUGGGAGGCAGGAAGUUUUGGUUCGACUGGUUUCCAGUUGAAGAAGAACUCGUGUCCGGGGCUGGUCUCACCAAGGAUUCAGUGUUGCUGAUAGAUGUCGGUGGGGGAAAGGGGCAUGAUCUGAUCUCCUUCCAUGAAAGGUUCCCUCAUAUAGAGGGACGCCUUAUUUUACAAGAUUCGGCACCGGUAAUUACCAACAUACGGAACAUGAUUCCAGCAAUUGAGCCAACGAUAUACAACUUCUUCACCGAACAGCCCAUCAAAGGCGCGAGAGCAUACUUCUACCAUCACAUCCUACACGACUGGUCUGACGAGCAGUGUUUGCUGAUAUUGAAACCGGUUAAAGAGGCUAUGAAGCCCGGAUAUUCCAAGUUAAUUAUACAUGAUGUAAUCGUACCAGAGCAAGGAGCUUCACCAUUCCAUGGAAUGAUGGACCUAGCAAUGAUGGCAUUCAACGGGGGGUUAGAAAGGAGUGAGAGGCAAUGGCGAGAACUACUCGGGAAGGCUGGGUUUGACGUUAUUAAAUUUUGGCCGCCACCUCAGUACGACGGCGACGGGAUUAUCGAAGCGAUGAUCAAGGCGUAG